UAUUCUGAAAGUAAUGAAGAUCUAAAUGAACACAUGUUAAAGCUGCAGCAAAAAGCGGAGGAUUGUCCAAAUUUUUGGGCAAGAUUUGAAAUUUAUUUUUCUAGAGGACAAGAGUGGUUGUAUCUUCACAGGAAACAUUUGGUCAUAAGAGGGAAUAACACAAACAAUUACGCAGAAGUAACCAUCAGAAUACUUAAGGACAUUAUUCUUCAUCGUACAAAAGGUUACAAUUGUGUGGCAUUAGUUGAUUUCAUUGCUUUUGUUUGGGAGGAGUAUUUUAAAUGCAAGCUAUUAGAUUUUGCCCGUGGAAGAAGAAACGAAAUAAAAAAUAAUUACUUAAAGCUAUGUUCAAAAGUAAAUGAUUUUAAACCGGGAGAUAUUGUAACUUUGGGAGAUGGAUUGUAUCAAAUUAGCAUAAAUGGGUCAUUUUGUAAGCACCAAGCUUACCUACAUAAACAUUUAAAUAUUCCAUUUUUGAAUGCCCCUGCUAUUAAUUUUCAAGAAAGAGCAUCACUUCGGUGGCUAGCUCUUGGCGAAAAAUGCCCCGAAUCCAAAUGGUUUUUGGCCCUAAGUGGGUUUUCAGAAAAUGCAGAUAAUAUACAAGAUUGUGGUUAUCAAGAAAACCAUCUGGAAACUAGAAUCGAUGCACCAUCUUCAUUAUUUGAUGAGACAAUAAUGGAGAUUGAUGACACGUUGGAAGAUGACAACAAAAAGGAAGAUGUAAUUGAAGAAAUUAAAGAAGAAUGUAAAAAAUUUGAUAAAAUGCUUAAGGAAAUACCUUUAAAAGAAUUAGAAAGACUUGCAAACAAACUAAAAAGAAUACAAACUGCGCCGCAGCUAUAUUCUUUCAUAGACAGUAAAGUUUCUAGGGUCAAAUGCAACUCAAAAAUAAAAGUCCAGCCAACAACUGCUUCUCGAAGACGGCCUGGAGCCACUCGUGGAAGUUCAAUAAUCCCUUCAGGAAGACUACCUUGUGGCAAACGUAGUAGCCAGUGCUGUCAAAGGUAGUGGUAAAAGUAGUGGAAAACGAAAACAUAACAUAAGUUU